UUCUCAUUAUCGAAAAUGCCCCGCAAUAGAGGAUAUCGUAGUGGGAAUGACUCUGACAAGGGUCUCCAAGAAAACAGGCGCGACCCAAGGGUCUCCCAGAAACACGCACAGGAAGUGUUUUAUACGGAAGGGAGCCAAGAGUCUAUCCCCAUGCAGCAAAUGCCGCCAGGAGGUUCGCCACACAUGCAAAACCCAAGCCUCUCACAAGGUGGGAUCGGCGGUCCGCCCAACAUGCAGGAUCCUGGCCUCUCACAAGGGCAUAGUCAACAUCAUGGUAAUCCAUACUACCAACCGAAUGGCUCUAACGCGCCUGGACACUUCGAUCCACAAAGCAACGUGCCACAUGGACAUGAUGUACAAGACCAAUACGCCCAACAUGACCUAGAUGCACCAGGAUACAACCAUGCACCUCAUGCCCAAGUCAUUAUAAGGGACGCGAAGACACCAAUUAUAAGAUACAUUACGCCAUCGAUGGGAUCCAUCAUCGCUAAGAGAGUUCUGUCAGUCGCCGUUCUCAUCUUUAACGAAACCCUCAACUGGCUUCAAUACUGCGACUGGAAAGGCACCAUUGAUUUGCCACCCGUGUUUGGGCAAAUUGGAAAGAAGAGUAAAACGGAUGUCAUCGAAUGCAGUGCAGACGCCCCGUUCUUGCCUACACUUUACGGCCUUUUCUGUGGAGUUGCCACUGUGUACGCCGUUUUCCAGAUUAUAAACAUCAUUGGCGAAACUGUUCUUGAAUACCAUAGGAGAAAACCUGGAAAAAAAUAUGAAGAUACAGGAUCAUCGCUAAGUGAAUUGCCACAGAAUAGCGCUCAACCUGGUCCUCAAGAAAGAAGCCAAAAACAACCGGAAACAGACGAUGAAGAUCCUGAGAGACAGGGUGAUGAGGAACAGAAAUCAUUCAAGCAGCGAUGCGUCAGUAUUUUCUACGGAUUUCAAUUGCUACACGGAUGGGUUGAAACGGCUGCUGCAAUGGUUGUGGAAGAUCUCCCACAAAUCAUCGUUAUGGCUUUAUCCAGCUACUACUGUACCGUAAGCGUUGAAAAUGCUGUUUUUCUCCUCAUUUGGAUGGUCGUAAAGGAAUUAAAAAACGUUUUCAGGAAGGCUUUCUGCAAACACAAGUACACAGCAGGCGCGUGUGACUGUGACUGCGGAAACUGCUUUAAGGGAUGUUGUACCUACACGUGUCCUUGUUGUUGUGUAGUGUUUGUCUGCAGGCUUUUUCCCGAGGUCGAGGAACAAUGCUGUGAGAUGAGGCCGGUCAGCUGUAAAUGCCCUGACUGUAAAUGCCCUGAAUGUAAAUGCCCUGAAUGUAAAUGCCCUGAAUGCAAAUGCCCUGAAUGCAAAUGUGACUUCAGCUGUAACUUUUGCAGUGGUCCAAGCAUGUGUGACCGUCUCUUCAAAUCUAUUGGCCCCAAGGACGAAGAUCCAGAAUGGGCUCCCAAAUUGCUACUGAAGCUAAAGAUGCUUGCUGUUGUUGGAUGGUUCGCUAUUUUCCUUUUUCAAAUACUUGGCCUGACUGACUCAUUUCAUGCAUCCAUAUAAAGUUAACAUUCAAAAGAAAUGUUUAUUAUCUAAGCAGCUUACAAUAUGUUUUAUUUACUAGGCUGCUUACAUGCUGUGUUGUUUGUACUCGGAUAAUAUUAUUCAAAACGACAGGUUUUAUUUUCGGAAGAUCGAUUUGUUUUAAUAUUUGUGUAUUUUGAAAUUCUUUCUUCCUUGAAGGACGCAAGUUAGCUUGUUUGCAGAAAAGUGCCUGGCAGCUUUUAUUGAACUUAAGACUCGACACUUUUACAAUUGCACUCAUGCCGAGUGUUUUUGUACACAUCUGAUAAGGGAUAUAUUACGUUGUUUAGUUUAUUCUCUAAUAAACAUCAUUAAAGUA